AUGUUGUUUUUCGUGCUCCGGAAGCCUAAGCAAAGAGCGCUGAAAAAACUGAAGCAGUUCAAAUUCGUUGCUGAGAACUGCCGACGAUCAGUCGAGGGUAAAAAACCUCUUCUAGAUAAAAAAAAGGAAUUCUGGAAAAUGUGUGGUCGGUUCUUCCCACCGUUCUACCCAAGCCCGAAGCCAGCGCCACGGAAUACCUAUGAACGAAUGUAUACGCACGGCACUCGGGAAAACGAUCUGCUGCGUAUUGUGCUCAGCUUCCUGAUUUGCGAAAUCGUUGGCAUACUUUUUUUCGUUUCCAUUGCUCUCAAAUAUGCUGCUUUUCCCAGUCGGUAUCGCUUCUGUUCAGUAAGACUCAAGCUGGGAGUCUACGUGAGUAUUAUUGCCCAGUGCGUACUCGGCAUCAUGAUACCAUUCCCAGCACUGCGUGCUGUUAUCCUUGUUGCUGUGACAAAACUUCUCACCAGCCGGCUCCGCUCCAUAAUUCUCAUGUUCAUCAUCUCCUGGUCCUUCCAGGUUCCCGCAAUGAAUACCACACGAAACUUGCAAAUGCUUGCCGAAUCAGUUUCAUGCGUCCGCGACUCGGCCAUUGAUGUAAGCAACAGUCUAGUAGAUGAGGCAAAUAUGCAAAGCAACAAGUUCUCAGCAGCCGGAGUGCGGGAGCAAGCUCGUUUCUUCACGCAGCAACUCAUCAAUUUCCGAGACACCAUACGCAGGCUUCAAAGCACUGUAGCCAGAUAUGCCAGACAAGCGAAGGACUAUCUCGUGCAACUGAUCUCUGUCAAAAAGUACUGCCAGCGUUUCUUCAUCGGCCCAUACUAUUUUGUUAGUUUUGAUUUAUCCCGAUUUUUGGCACAUGCACGAGAUUGCACUUUGCGUUUUCGCACAAGACAGCAACCGCAUAAAAGUUGA